CCGCUUUGAGGACAAUACAGUGCCACUGACACGGCCCCCUACCAAAACCUGCGGGCUCUCCUUCACUGCAGCCGAGGUACGGGAACUUGUCCUGGACAACAGCCAAUCAAAUGAAGGGAAAAUCGAAGGCCUCACAGAAGAAUUUGUCAAUCUGGAAUUCCUCAGUUUGAUAAAUGUUGGCUUAUUCUCAGUUUCCAACCUUCCCCGACUUGGGAAACUCAAAAAGUUGGAACUCGGUGACAACAGAAUCUCUGGUGGCCUUGACGUGCUAGCAGAGAAACUCCCCAACCUCACACAUCUAAAUCUAAGUGGGAACAAACUGAAAGACAUCAGCACAUUGGAACCUUUGAAAAAGCUGGGCAGCCUGAAGUGUCUGGACUUGUUCAACUGUGAGGUGACCAACCUGAACGACUACAGGGAGAGUGUGUUCAAGCUGCUCCCUCAGCUUACCUACCUGGAUGGGUACGAUGUGGAGGACCGAGAGGCAUCUGACGUGGAUGGGGUGGACGACGAUGAUGAGGGAGGAGCAAUGGAUGAGGAUGGAGAAGAGGAAGACUUUGACGAGGAGGAUGAUGAAGUCAGCGGUGACGAAGAGGAAGAAGACCUUGGUAUUGAUGAUGAGGAUGACAAUGAUAAUGAAGUUGAGGCUGUCCAAGGAGAGAAGAGAAAGCAAGAGCCUGACGACAAUGAUGAUUAUGAACAAAAAAAGAAAGGCAAUCAAGUUACCAACCCCUUCCCUCUCCACCCUGACACCCACCCACACCCUGCCUACUCUACGUCUCUCCCCCAGCUUUGAGCCCCCGUGUGGGGAAAGACUGUACCGGACAGGUGGUUCAAGUGGAGCUGCCUCCGCCCCAUGGAACCGAGAGCCAUCCUCAAGGAGCGCACCACUCCGCAUUCCACUUUUUCACUGUCAACUCCCCCUUUAUGUAUACCUGUGUGAGGACUUUGGUACUGUAUCUAGUUUUGGGUCUGUGCUUUUUAAUAUUUUGUUGGAUGAAUUAUGAAGAGAAAGUUGUUGUUGGGUUUAUUUCUUCCCUCCAUCUUUUCUGUUCCUUAUUUUUUUUUAAUAAAAUGUAUUGCUAUAGCAACUUUGUGAAGAGGGAGCUAAGAUUCAGUGUGGCCGCCUGUUGCACAAAUCAAGGUUGUAGCUACAAGUGCCUGUCGCUCAACUCCUGCAGAGUGCAAUGGGUUGCCUUAGUGGGAAAAGUCUAGAACACUCAUCACACAAUAUGCAGCAAAUACCUCAAUGGAUACUUCAGUCACUCCAUGAGAUGACAUGUUGCAGCUUAUUUUAUUUUGAAUGGGAGGGAAGGUAAAAAGACGGCAAUACGAACACAUGAAAUCAAAGUUUAUUCGUCACAUGCUUUGUAUACAGGUGUAGACUAACAGUGAAAAGCUUACUUACAGGCCCUUCCCAACAAUACGAUGGUGCUGUAGGCCUUCACUUUCCUACAGAGCUUCCCAGGGCUAGGUGGUCAUCUACCUGGCUGAUGUAGGCCUUGAGCUCCCCCAGCACAGGGGUGAGGUCUUUGCCUGGGUAUUUAAGAGCUGAAGGCAUCGCCUGGACGGAGGAUGUGAAUUUUGGAUUUUAAUUUUGAGUGGAAUAUUCUGUGGUCUGUGCUGACUAUUCCGUCUCUCAACCCCCAAGUCCAACUGGGGAUCAACAGUACAGGAGAAAGAAGCUACUGAGUCUGAAUGCAGCUUCUCCACACUGGUGGUCCCCUCUUCUGAUGGUACACUGGUGCUCCCCUCUUCUGAUGGUACACUGGUGCUCCCCUCUUCUGAUGGUACACUGGUGCUCUCAGGUUAGACGCCACAGUCAUAAGUAUCUGUGUCAAUGUCCACUCUACUGUGUGGGGAGUCAUAGAGAUGUAGGGUGCCUGUGAUCGUAUCCCAGAGAAAGAUCUGAAUAGAUUAAAUAGAUCUGAAUUCAUACAUCUGA